UAUACUUGGCAAGGGCCAUUGGGAUGAAAUGAGUGGGCGAACACUGCAAAAAAAGGAAAAGACCAAGAGAGCGCGAGAACGUACGACCUAUCGAGAGGUCUGUCAGGGAGAGGCGGUUCAGCAUUUCACUCGGAGCUGGAGCGACAGUCACAAGUACCUAGCAAGAUCUGCGCUGAGCAGAUGAGAGCGAAAACAUCGUCUUUGUUUUUAUGUGGAUUAUUAUUCAAUUUCUCGUCCGACGAAAACUAGCAAACUAGAAGAAUUCUGCUUGCUGUAUAAUACCUUAUUUUAAAAAAGAGGUCGCUGACCGACUCCUCCAACCCCUAACCCCUCACCCCCCCACUGCACGGCCCGACAUGCACGGCGUCUCUGUUCCAGCCACGGCCACUUCCUGUGCCUAGAGGAAGUCGCUCGCCAGUGCCCGCGCGCCCCCUCCCCCCCCCUCCCCCCCGGCGGCCAUGUCGUCUCACGGGCAGCCUCUGCCCCAGGGCCGCAGCCGAGGCAUCGACCCGCGCCACCUGCCCAGCCCGGCCCCUCUGCCCCUGCAGCUGCAGCGCUCGCACGCGGAUGUGGGACUGGUGGACUACCAUCACUCACGGGACUACCCAGCACACCUGGCCCUGUCCCAGCCACACCGCCGCCGACCCUCCCUGCUGUCCGAGUUCCAGCCUGGUAACGAAAGGGGUCAAGAGGUGCACAUUCGCUAUGACCACAUUUACAUGCCCGAGCCCAACAGCCAGUCGGAGAUGGAGUUCUCUGAGAUCAAGCGGCCUCGUCUGGAGAUGGGGGCGGAGGCUCUGAUGCGCCACCCUUCCCACCGCCAACCGCUGCCAAUGGGCGGGGCGGAGGACGUGUCCAAGGAGCGGAGCAGCUCCAUGGGGAAGCUGGAGCCCAUCUCCCCGGUGAGCCCGGCCCAGAUGGAGCCGGACCUGGACCUGGUGCCGGCGCGCUACUCCAAGGAGGAGCUCAUCCAGAACAUGGACCGCGUGGACCGGGAGAUCACCAUGGUGGAGCAGCAGAUCUGCAAGCUGCGCAAGAAACAGCAACAGCUGGAGGAGGAGGCGGCCAAGCCUCAGGAGCCCGAGCGCUCCAUCUCACCCCCGCCCAGCGAAGCCAAGCACCGCAGCCUGGUCCAGAUCAUCUACGACGAGAACAGGAAAAAAGCUGAGGAAGCACAUCGGAUUUUGGAGGGACUUGGACCCAGGGUGGAACUGCCUCUCUACAACCAGCCCUCUGAUACCAAGCAGUACCAUGAGAACAUCAAAAUAAAUCAGGCGAUGAGGAAGAAGCUCAUUCUGUAUUUCAAGAGAAGAAAUCAUGCUCGCAAGCAGUGGGAGCAGAAGUUCUGCCAGCGAUACGACCAGCUGAUGGAGGCUUGGGAGAAGAAGGUGGAGCGCAUCGAGAACAACCCGCGGCGGCGCGCCAAGGAGAGCAAGGUCCGCGAGUACUACGAGAAACAGUUCCCCGAGAUCCGCAAGCAGAGGGAGAUGCAGGAACGCAUGCAAAGUCGUGUUGGGCAGCGUGGGGGAGGGCUGGCCUCAGCGGCACGAAGUGAACAUGAGGUCUCCGAGAUCAUCGACGGGAUCUCUGAGCAGGAGAACUCGGAGAAGCAGAUGCGUCAGCUGGCGGUCAUUCCACCCAUGCUGUUCGAUGCGGAGCAGCAGCGCAUCAAGUUCAUCAACAUGAACGGCCUGAUGGACGACCCCAUGAAGGUCUACAAAGACCGGCAGGUCAUGAACAUGUGGAGCGAACAGGAGAAGGACACCUUCCGCGAGAAGUUCAUUCAGCAUCCAAAGAACUUUGGUCUGAUUGCCUCUUUCCUGGAAAGAAAGACUGUGGCAGAGUGUGUGCUCUUCUACUACCUGACCAAGAAGAACGAGAACUAUAAAAACAUUGUCCGCAGGAACUACCGCCGGCGUGGUCGAAGCCAGCACACUCAGCAACAGCAGCAGCAAGUGAACCGGAAUAACCAGGAAGAAAAAGAGGAGAAGGAGAAGGAAAAGGAUGGAGAGCGAGAGGAGGAGAAGAACGAGGGAGAGGACAAGGAGGAUGGCAUGAAGGACGACACGUCUGGGGAGGACGGGGAGGAUAAGGAGCCGGUGGCGGUGAAGGGCCGACGCACGGCCAACAGCCGCGGCCACCGCAAGGGACGCAUCACGCGCUCCAUGGCCAACGAGCAGGAGGAGACCAGCACUCCUCCACUCAGCAGUGACCUAGCCAAUCUGGAGAUGAAUGAAAGCUCACGCUGGACUGAAGAGGAAAUGGACACUGCCAAAAAAGGUCUGCUGCAGUAUGGACGCAACUGGUCGGCCAUUGCCAAGAUGGUUGGCUCCAAGACGGUGUCGCAAUGUAAGAACUUUUACUUCAACUACAAGAAGAGGCAGAAACUGGACGAGAUUCUGCAGCAGCAUAAAAUGAGAUCGGAGCGUGAGCGUAAGGCGCGGCGUAAGGGCAAGGCCCUGCAGAGCGAGGAGGCCAGCGCCCCUUCGGCAGCUGAAGAUGAGGAGGGAUCGGGAGCCAGCGGCAACGAGGAAGAGGCCGCCGAGGAUGGAGAUGGCGUAGCCAACAACAGCUCGGACACGGAGUCUCUCCCGUCGCCGCGCUCCUCCGAAGACAGCAAGCAGCCCAAGGAGGAGGCCGCCUCGUGCUCCGCCGCCUCCUCCACCACCUCCUCCUCCUCCUCCCGCGCCAAAGCGGCCGGAGGCGGUGGCGGCAAGGACGACAAGGACGCCGUCGCCAUGGACACGGGCGGCGGCGGCGGCGAGGACGGGAAGCUGCCGCCGGUCUCCCACGGCGACGUGAAGCAGGAAGUCAAGACGGAGGGCGAGGGCGCCGGGCCGAGCGGAGGGUCGUCGGGGGCGGUGGGGGGUGCGGCGGGCGAGGGGGCGGCCGGAGACAGCAAGCCGCCGCAGCUCGAGCCGCAGCCGCAAGAGCUCAAGGGCCACGGCAAGGCCAAGCGCGAGCGCGAGCCCAAGGCCAGCGGCUGCCAUGGCGACAGCGACUCCAGCGCCACCUGCAGCGCCGACGAGGUGGAGGAGACGGAAAGCAGCGACAAGAACAGAAUGACUUCUCCGAGACCAAGCCUUCUGAAUUACGGCGUGAUCUCCUCUCCACUGCAGAAGCCCAUGGACCUGAAACAGCUCAAACAGCGAGCAGCGGCCAUUCCCAACAUUAUGUCCGAUAUGAGCAUCGGCGGUAUUGGCCGCGGGGCCUCGAUGCUCAAGCAGGCGACGGUGCCUCCUCACGCGCUGGCCCUCUACCAGCAGCAGAUCACCAUGGCGCACGAGUCCUCCCAGGAGGCCAACCAGCACGCUGCCGCAGUCGCCGCGGCAACAGCGGCCGCCGCCGCCGCAGCCGCCGGACAGCCAAUGAAACAGCCCCACUUCCAGCAAAUGGGAGGAGACCGCAGCGGCAGUCCCCGCCUCCGAGGUCGCAGCCCCACGCCGUCUGAGCGGGACAAGGAUGAAAUGGAGGGGAACGAGAGAUGGCUGCAGACUCUACUUCAUGGACUACAUAAGUCGCGGGCGUUCUCGCCCCAUGCGGAAGGGAAGCGUGCCCCGGGUCCGGAGGAGCUGAGGGGGGCAGCUGCGGCGCUGGGCCGGCCGCUGAUGUCGCCCUACCAGCUGUCCCCCCGAGACAUGGCCAAGCUCAGCCACGAGCAGCAGCAGCAGCUCCUGCACUUCAACCCCUCGUUGCAAGGGCUGCAGGACGGUGGGCGUAUGGCUGCGGUCCGACCUCUACACAUUCCAGAACCCCCUCCUCUCAUCUCCUCCAACAAGUCAGGUGGCUCCAUCACUCAGGGGACCCCAGUGCAGCUGCACAGCCCAGCCCAUGGCUCUGAACACGGGAAGAUCCCGCCCUCGUCCCACGGCCUGUCCUGGAUGGAGCCCAGGAAACUAGGUGGGCCUGGCUUCCCUGUGGUGAAGCAGGAGCAGCUGUCUCCUCGUGGUCCCUCCUCUCAAGCUGAGAACCUCUCUCAGGGCGGGGGACAGGACAGGGGCUCCAUGGCUGCCAUCCAGGGCGGCAGCAUCACCAAGGGCCUCCCUGGCACCAGGGUCCACCAGGAGCCCCCCCACUCCUACCGGGGAGGGUCCAUCACACAGGGCACUCCGGCUGAGGUGCUGUACAAGGGCACCAUCACGCGCCUCAUCACGGAGGACAGCCCUAACCGGGGGGAGCGCAGCCGCGACGAGCCCCCGCCCAAAGGCCACGUGCUCUACGAGGGCGUCAGCGGCCACAUCCUCACCUACGACCGCCCCCAGAACCCUAAAGAGGAGCCGAGGGGCGAUCUGAUGAGCCUGAAGCGGCCCUAUGACCUCAUCGAGGGCGGCAUCUCCCGAGGACUGCCCAUGCGGGACUCCCUGUCGGCCGCCAACUGUGAGGGUCUGAUAGUGAGGGCGAUGCCCCAGGAGCGAGACAGCCCUCACCACAACAGAGGCUCUAUCUCUCAGGGUAUUCCGCGGCACAUGGAGCAGGAUGAGUACCGGCAGGCCAAGCUGAAGCGGGAGAACUCGCCGCCUCCCCGCGGCUCCGGCAUGCCCCAGGACGUGAUGAAGGGCCGCGGGCACGACGGCCUGGUGCCCACCGUGAAGGAGGGCGGCCGCUCCAUCCACCUCAUCCCCCGCGAGGAGCUCCGCGGCUCCGGCGCCAAGGAGGGCUCCAUCACACAGGGCACCCCUCUGAAGCAGGAGCCCAUGACUCCUGCCAAGCGGCACGACGUGCGCUCCAUCAUCGGCGGCGGCGGCAGCGGCAGCAACGCCCCGCGGGGCUCCUACCCCGGCAUGCCCCCCCACCUGGACCUGCGGGCCGCGGCGGCGGCGGCAGCCGCCGGCGGAGGAGGUGGCGGGGAGCGGGGUCGCUACGAGGAGCCCCCCAAGGGCCGGCCCAGCGCGGUGGUGAGCACCGCCAGCUCAAUGGCGCGGGCGUCGCCCAUCGAUCAGGGCUCCAAGGCCCACCACAGCCCACUGGGCUACCAGCAGCCCUCCCACCGCGGAUCCCCGCACGCCCCCAGGGACUCUGGUCAGCGCCAACACGAAGGCUCCGGCAGUAAGCCCCAGUCCCAGGAGCGCAAGGCCACGCCGACCCCGCGCGAGAUGAGCGCCUCCACCAAGUCGCCCCUGCAGGGCGUGGCCGAGCACCAGGCCGCCGCCUCCCUGGCCUCGUACGAGCGCCUGCUGCAGGGCCUGGGCCAGGACGUCUACCGCGGCCAGAUCCCCCUGGCCUUCGACCCGGCCAGCCUGCCCCGCGGCAUCCCCCUCGAUCCCGCUGCUGCUGCCUACUACCUGCCCCGCCACCUGAGCCCGGGGCCAGGCUACGCGCACCCCUACCCGCCCUUCCUGAUCCGGGGCUACCCGGAGACGGCGGCCCUGGAGAACCGCCACACGCUCUUCACCGACUACAUCACCUCGCAGCAGAUGCACCAGUGGCCCGCCGCCGCCGCCACCAUGGCCGCCCAGAGGCCCGACCUGCUGCGCACGCUCUCCCCCCGAGACACGCCGCUCCAGAUGCCCUACUCGCCCGCGCCACGGGGUGUGAUGGAUCUUUCUCAGGUGCCCCACUUACCUGUGCUGGUCCCUCCCUCCGCAGGGGCGUCGGCCUCCCCCAUGGACCGGAUCACCUACAUCCCACAAGCCCCCGGCAGUUUCCCCAACAGGCCCUACACCACUUCACCCAUCUCACCUGAUCUCCCUUUCUCGAGGUCACUGAAUUUCGUACUGAACUUGGGCCAGUCACACAUGGGCAAGAUGCCAGGAACGCCGUCCUCGUCCGAGCGCGAGCGCGAGAGGGACCGCGAGCGGGAACGGGAACGCGAGCGGGACCGAGAGCGCGAGCGCGACCGGGAGAGAGAGAGGGACCGCGAGAGAGACCGAGAGCGCGAGCGAGACCGCGAGAGGGAGAGGGAGCGCGAACGAGAGCGCGACCGGGACCGGGAGAGAGAGAGGGACAGGGACCGAGAGAAGUCGUCCAUGGGACACGGAAAUGUGGAACACGCGCCCAUCUGGAGGCCAGGCCACGAGCAGAGCCCCGUGAGCAGCAGCAGCAGCAGGCCUCCGUCCCACCCCUACAGCCACCAGCACUCCCCCGUGUCCCCCCGCACGCAGGACGGGGGCCAGCAGCGGCCCAGCGUCCUGCACAAGAGCCUGCCCGGGUCCGAGCACUCCAGCCCCUCUGUCGUGAGGUCUAUGCCACAGGCCUCCUCUCGUUACAUUGGCUACGGCAGCCACCUCCAGCGUUCGGGACUCCCUGGCGAGGGCUACCCAGCGGGCAUGGAUCCCAGCGGGGGCAAAGACAUGAGCCGCGACGGGGUCAGCAAAAGUCACCGAGGCGGCGGCGGCGUCCUGCCCCGAAAUCCCCAGGACCCUUCGUCCUCGUCCUCCUCGGGCAAGUCCGACCCCAAGCUGGCCAGUCCCGGCCCAGGGGGAGGAGGGUACCCCUCGCCGUACGCCCCGGCCGCUAUGAUGGGCCACCCGCAGGGCCGCGGCGGGCACCUCCUCCUGGAGGGCGGAGGAUCGGCCGGGGGCCGCGGUGGCGACGGCUCCAACGCACCAAGUAGGGAAAAGACUCAAAGCAAAGCGAUGUCCGUGCAGGAGGAAGAGCUCCGGGCACUCGGUAAGACCACCAUGACAGCGGCCAACUUCAUAAACGCAAUUAUCAUGCGUCAAAUUUCUUGUGACACGGGGAUGCCGGAGGCGGGGCCGCUCGGGGCCAACGGCACCUGUGAGGCAGCCCAGCAGAAGGCGGCCAUGGAGCAGCACGUCCUCUACCGGCCGCCCUCCGAGGAGCGCCUCUCCCCCGGCCAGCAGCCCCAGUCCCCCCACGUCAAAGGCAGCCAGAGGGUGGUCACCCUGGCCCAGCACAUCAGCGAGGUCAUCACUAAGGACUACACUCGACAGCAGAGUCAGAUGGGCAGCCAGCCUUCUCUGUUUGGGUACCACAGCUCCCCGGGCCUGGACCUCACCCGGCCCCCCAGCGCCCCACAGAGCCAGGGCAGCAUGCAGGACGGCCCAGGGGACCGGCUGAGAGACCGAUCUCCUCCUCAGAGUAAGCAGUCUCCAGUGAGCCUGUCAGCCGAUGGCAUAGAGCCUGUGUCACCACCAGGGGGCGUGUCUGAGGCCGAGUCCCAGGGGACCUCCUACCCAGAUGACCAGGGGGAGCAAGUGAUGGGCUCUCGUUCUCCAGCCAGCGGCUCUCAGCCCCCAGCCUUCUUCAGCAAGCUGACGGAGAGCAACUCCACCAUCGUCAAGGUGAAGAAGCAGGAGAUGAUCAAGAAGAUCGGCAACGAGAGCGACUUCAAUCCUGCUCAGCCCGGAACAGAGAUCUUCAACAUGCCGGCCUCCACCACCAAUGCUGGUCCUGUGAAUGUGCGCAGUCACCCUGCUCCAGAGACGGGAGGGAACACCAUCGGUCUGGAGGCCAUCAUCCGCAAGGCCCUGAUGGGCAAGUAUGACGAGCAGGGGGAGGAUCGGCCGCCCAGCUCCAUGGGCUCCGCCCCCACGGCCUCGUCCGGCGCCGAGGGUCACCCGGAGGACUCCUACUCAGGAGCGGGCAAGCUCAAGUCCAGUGGCGGCAGCCGCUCUAACGGGCGCAAGGCCAAGUCUCCGGGUCCAGGUCUGUCCGGCGGAGAGAGGCCGUCCUCCGUGUCCUCCGUCCACUCAGAGGGAGACUGCAACCGCCGGACACCCCUCACCAACCGCGUGUGGGAGGACCGGCCCUCCUCCACAGGUCCCACUCCAUUUCCCUACAACCCCCUCACCAUGACGAUGCGUUUGCCCAUGGGCCCCGGCCCCGCCCCCUCCCCCACUCAGACCAAUCAGAGCGGCCAAGGGUCCGGCCAAGGCCGUGCCUGGGAGGAGGAGCCCAAACCCCUGCUGUGCUCUCAGUACGAGACGCUGUCCGACAGCGAGUGAGGGACACACACACACUCAUGCACACACACACACACACACACACGCCUCCAUGGAUGACGAGAACAAUAUUCUAGACUCUUGAGAAAUUCAUUGCAUCUGUCCUCAUUUUAGACACACACACACACACACACACACACACACACACACGUACGGACUCUGCUGCUCCCGCUGCCGCCGCUGCAUUACUCUCACUGACCAAAACACUCAGAUCAAGCUCAGACUCCUAACGCACAGGAAGAACCGGGCCCAAGAUGGAACCACACACACUCACAGACAAACACACACACACACACACACACGGACACACACAGUUGGCCCACCCGACCCCUAAUCUCCAUUAUAUAUACCUCACACUCCCUGCUAUGGCCCCCACUUAUGCAAAAGCAGUGAGUGGUUACGUGUGUGUACUUGUGUUUUAUGUUUUUAUUUUUAUGUUCCACUGCUGCGUAGGUGUGAGUGUGUCUGUCUGUGUGGGUGUGUGUGCGUGCGCGCGUGUGUGAAUAUGUAUAAAGAUGUCUGUUUAGUGGACUUUUUUUUCCUUUUUCUGCACAACCACAUUAACCGUGUGCAUUCUACCCAGGACUAGUCUUUACAAGAAUCACUUUUUCAGAAUUCCUUUAGAAAUGUUCGUGUCUCUUUCGUGUGUGUCUGGUUUCUUUCUCUGGCCUUAUUAAUGCAGACACUCAGAAUCACACACACACACACACACACACACACACACACACACUCUCAGCGUCUCCUGGCAUUACCAUGCCCAGCACAGGGCUCUGUGCUCUCUUGGCUCUCCAAAUCCAAAGCCAACAGCAUACAUGCAUGCAUACGUAGAUACAUACAUACCAACAUACAUACAAACAUAUAGAGGCACCUUGUAACUCCUCACAUACGACUGAAGGACUCAAGGCUCAGUAUUGGAAUCAAGAGACUCACUAACUAGCUUAACAGACUCAACCUCUCGCAAGUCGGUAUGGCCCUCGUACAGUCUCCAUGAAAGAUGGCCGAUAGGAACCCCCCAUCCCCCUCCCUGAUUUAUUCACUCUCUAGAUCCAAAAUGGCCAAAUGGACCCGCUCAGUUUCCAGAGCCAAUAGCUCCCAGACGCAUCCAGAUUCCCCAGCUCCUCAUACACUAGUGAACUGGAAACCGUGUGUGAGGCUCUGACAAGGUGAACUCCCUGGAGAGCUCUGCUGCCACCAGAAUGCAUCCAAAACCAGAGACUCAUCUGAGCAUUUUCACUCACUGUUUCUUUUUGUUCCUCUUCUUCUAAUUCUUCUUCUUCUUUCCCCCCCUUUUUUUUGUGGACAGUCCUGUGUUAAGUGAGCUGCAGUUCAUUUUCUUUUUUUGACGGUGAUUUUUAUUCUGUUAUUACAUUUCUGCUCAUUUACUUUUUUGGGAUUGUGUCAAAUAAUAUAUACUGUAUGAUGUCUGUUCAUGCAUUUUGUUUUUGCAAUGAUGUGUUCAAGUGGGAGGGUCAUAUCAUUUUGGUUUACAGGGUACACAUUAUGUCCACGUCACAUGUCCGUGUCACAUGUUCACAUGUUUUUUUUUUCUCCUGUCUUUCCAUUGUCAUUUUUUUUUCCUUCUGAUUAUUAUUAUUUUUUUUUUUUCGUCCCCAUUGCAACAUUGCAAGUGCACCUUGCCGACUCCAAACUUGGAAUCCCUGUCCACACAAGGCGUGUUUGCCGUCACAAUACCCGAUUACGGACUGACUCGCUUUCACGGGGGCUGUAUCUUGUUUUAUGACUUUGUUGAUUUUCUCUCUCUCUCUGUCUCUCUCAUGCUUAUUUUGAUGACAUUUAUUGACUUAUUUUUGUAUUGUGUCUGCGUCGAGCACUUAGCGUCUGGCCUAGCUCUCUGGGCCCACUCAGUCCAGAGAGGGACCUCACACAGCAAUGACACUUUACUGUGGAGGAAGAGCAAAAAACAGAGUUUCUGUUUGAGUACAUCAAACCCCCCCCACCCCCAAACGCCACCCUGCCUGCUGAUAGACCGACGUGGAUACGUUGUUGUUGUUAUUGUUGUUGUUGAUGAUGAUGAUGCCGUCGAUUGUUUAGAUGUUCCGUGGAUAAACGACAAUCACGGUGAGGAGAGAGGGAUGAGGCGAGCAGAGCUGAAGCCCUCUCGCGAGUUCUCCCGGCCCUCACUCGGGGAGAGUAUGCACGUCGGAUGAUGGAUGUUCGAACGCGAGACCUCACAGACAGAAAAAAAAAAAAAGAAAACACGACAACAGAGGUGUGAUGAGUGCUGCCUGAAGGCUUGAGCGACCUCUGAACUUUGACCUCCCCACCCGACCCCGUCCCAAACCCCACACUAUGCCCUGUACAGCCCUACUCCUCCAUGCCAAGUGACAUCUCCGCUAGUUACACAUACGCACGAUUUAAGGUUUGAACUACGUGGAGACUAUUUGUCAUGUCCUUUGUGUUCAGUGUAUGCCUACCCGUACCUUCAAGGUACCUUUCGUUUCUGGUUGUCCACUGCUCUGCGCUCAGUUUCCUUUCAGAGUUUAAGACGGCAAGGAUCUUAGUUAAAGCCUUGCAGCGAAAACAAUGGAAGGUGACAGAAUACAUAAAAGGUGCUGAUCUCCCCUUUUUUUUAGCUGUUUAUAUCCUCCCUGUUGGCAGUGAUUUUAGUACUUUAGGAUCAACAUGGCAUGACAUAUUUUUUAAGAUCAGCCAUAGACACAUUCACUAGCCUGUGUCUCAUGAUGGUGAUUUAAUCUCAGAGUUAUUCUGAAAGUAGACUCAUCGUAUUUCCUUCAGCCUGAGUUUUCCACCAUUGUCCUCUUGGGAGAACAAGACCUCAGGGAAGGUUCAACUUUGCGUACCCAUUUUAUAGUCCCUGAACAGAGGGACACGUUUUUAAACCAUUUUCAAAAAUGUUUUUGCACUCAGAUUUUUCUAUUCGUUCUGUCUGGUGGUAAUAAUCGAUGGUUAAUGAACAUGAUCAAAAUGUACUUUUUGAGAAAACAUUUAAAGUGCCGUAGCUCUUCGAUUAAAAUCAGAGUGCUUGGCCAUUUCACCCUAAAAUCAAAAGGAAGUGCUAGAGUGAGCUUGAGAGCACCUUUUAUACACACACACAGACACACACACACACACACACACACAUACACAGACAGUCCUACAUACUGGCACAGUCACAGCUGCAUCGUUCCCACACCUGUACAGGCCAGUGUAUUCCCAAAAGGCUUUUUUACUUGCUCUCCGCUCUCCUGAAAAGUGUGUGCGGAGAGUGCAAAGCCACACUCGUAGUUCCACAUAUCGAGACGUUUUCCUCCUUCCUCCGGUAACCAUGACUUAUUUCAUUGCUCUGGUCCAAUAUAGCCUGUGGGUUUUUGGAUGAUUAACAGAUGCUAAUCGCCACCAAGGACUGCUGAUCCAGGUGAAUGGCUAAGGCCUGCGCCUCGGGCUUCUGUCACACCAAGGGCAGGUUUGGGAGCGGGGAGGGGGGACACGAGUUGGCCACGGUUCAGAGCAUCUAUUUUCUACUACCACCUUUGCGCAUGUGUGUUUCAUUCAUCCGUUUUGCAUAUUUUUGUUUGUUGCUUUAUUGUUUUCAUUUUUUUUUUUUUUUUAAUGACAACCCAGUGUAAAAUAGACAGGAUUUGUACAUAGACAUUAAGAGAUGUACAUAUUUAUGUGGCUUGCUGCAAGGUUGGUAUUCACAGACAAAAAAAAGAAAGAAAAAAAAAAUACUGUUCUCACUGUUUUUUUUCCUCCAGUUUAAACAUGGCCCACCAGCAAGCUUUUGUGGAUAGCAGUGUAAAAAAACUCUUAAAACAAAUUAAAAGUGAAAAAAUAAAUAAAACACUGCCUUAAUGUUGAAAUAAAAAGCUUAUUGCCAUUCACAUGA